GACUCGACUGCGAAAACCCGGCUGAUCACACCGACCGCUGCAAUGCCACCCCACCAGCCUCUUUUCAGAUAAGGGGUCUACGCUGACAUCUACCCAUUGACCAUGGACGACGCAUCACCUGAGCUGCACACAGCCUCAGAUGGUGCUCAUGCGGGCGGUCCGAGUCCGCUGGAAGUUGCAGCGCUCCAGGAGCUAGACAGCCUCAGUCUGAAGGAAAUUCUGGACGAAGACUCCCGGCCUACCUUUGUUCUCGAUCUGGACCCGGACUUCAUCGACGAUACUCUCGCAAUCAGACCAGUCUUUUGUAAUGCAGCGCUCAAUCAGCACAGUCGGCUGCUGGACAGCAUCGUGGAGGCUUCAGAGGAAUGCAAUAGCAAAGACUUCGCCGCAUCGACUUACGAUGAAUUUCGAAUCUGGGCUACAGGAAUCAGCAGGUUCAACAACUCGAAAGACAUUUUCCCCUUGACUAUCCUCUAUCAAGGCUUGCUCUGGACUGGAUCUACUAUCCGCCAAAGGUGGCGAAUAAUAUCUGGCAACGCGUUGUACCGUGCAUCCGACAUCCCAAAGAGUGGGCUCUCGGCUACCCUGCCAUUGCGACCAGCCAUCGUCAAGCGCGAUUCAGAGGCAGCGAAAGCCCGCAAAGCAUCAGCGCCAGUCACCUCAGCACUAGAUGUUGCGCCCACAGCACGCCAAGCAUAUCCGAAAUCUGAGACUGCUUCAGCAGUUGCAUCGAAUCCGUUCAGCAAGAUCACCAACACUAGCUCGAAUGCCUCGAGUCUCGCUUCGUCUAUAACAAUACAAACAAGAGAAGAUGUCACCCCCGACUUUACAGUUGCCCAACCGAAAGGGAAAUUUAUGGACCCACAUAUCAUGUUCAUAAGGAGCAUCGACUGGGCGAGCACUCCGCUCGGGCAGAUGGAUACAUGGUCAUCAGCCCUUCGAGAAGUCGUUAAUCUGUUGAUUCGCAGUCCCUAUCCCACAGCGAUGUUUUGGGGUGAGGAGCUUACAGUCAUCUACAACGAGGCCUACAAGGUCGAGGUCGCUGGCAACAAACAUCCAGAACUCAUGGGUACUGGAAUGGCAGGCCCAUUCGCCGAGGUAUGGGACGGCAUUGCGCCUGUGUUCAAAGGCUGCGCGGAUACAGGGAGAGCAUCACAGAUCGAGAACGAUCACCUGCCCCUCGAACGAUUUGGUUAUCUCGAAGAGUGCUUUUUCUCCUGGUCCAUUACUCCAAUGUACGGAGGGACCGAUAAGAUCCUAGGCUUCUACAAUAUACCGUUCGAAACCACCUAUCAGGUUGUUAGCACCAGAAGGAUGCAAACGCUGCGAUACCUUAGUGAGCGUCUCAGCGCGACACGCACCGUGAAGGAAUUCUGGCUACGUCUGCUUGAGGGGCUUGAGCACAAUCCCAUCGACGUACCUUUCGCGUUGUUGUACUCGAUUGUCGACAAUGAUGAUGCAGACACAGCGUCUCACUCAUCAGACAGCACGAUCUCUCUCAAAUCUUGUCUACUGGAAGGCUCGAUCGGCAUUCCUGCAGGACAUCCUGCGUCGCCGCGGAAACUGGAUCUCAAACGCAGUCAGGAGGGGUUCGUCCCAGCAUUCAGAGAGGCCAUGAGGACACGCGAACCAACGACAUUGCAGACAAGAGACGGAACACUACCCGAAUCUCUGCUCGAAGGCAUCGAAUGGCGAGGAUAUGGUGAUCCAUGCAAGGAAGCUAUCAUCUUCCCUGUCCGGCCAACGAAUGGGGAGCAGGUGUUCGCAUUCUUGCUGGUUGGUGUGCAACCACGAAGGGCUUAUGACGAUGAGUACAAAGCUUUCGCAGCGCAGAUGAACAGACAACUCGCGACAUCACUUGCAUCCGUUAUGCUCUUCGAAGACGAGAUGAAGCGGAGCAGGAGCGCGUUCGAACUUGCUCAAGUCCAGCGGGAACAACUCAGCAAAGAGUUGGCAUUGCAGACGAGCCGCAUGCGGCGUAUGACUGAGCUGUCUCCGCUGGGCAUGUACCUAUUCGACCCAGACGGCAUGCUCUUGGAAGGCAAUGACAGGUACUUUGAGAUGACUGGUCAUCCAAGAGAAGGCUGCAAAGAGUUCUCCUUCCUGGAGCUGAUGGCCGAAGAAAGCAAAGGGCCAUGUCAAGAUAUGUGGGAUGAUCUCCAUGAGACCAAGCAGACUUGCGUUCGUGAGUUGCAAGUCAACAAUUCGCAUGUGCAGCCUCGCGAUCUCAGUGGCAACCCCAUCGAAUAUUGGGUCAUGUCCCAUUCUUCUCCCGAGAUAGGCCCUGACGGCGAGAUUCUUAGCAUCAUGGGGUCCAUCACCGAUAUUUCACAGAUCAAAUGGGCGCAAGGACUCCAGGAGACGAGACUGCGCGAAGCUGAAGAGACGAAACGGCAACAGAAUGAGUUUAUCGAUAUCACUUCGCACGAGAUGCGCAAUCCCCUAUCUGCUAUUUUGAUCUGCUCAGACGACAUCCGCGAUACGCUGACCCAGCACGGCUUCAGCAAAGCAGACGAAGUAGUCGUGGCAGAUUGUAUUGAAGCGGCCAACAACAUCGCCCUCUGCGUACAGCAUCAGAAGUCCAUCGUAGACGAUAUCCUGACUGUGUCGAAGCUGGACUCGAAUCUGCUCCUUAUCACACCUGUGCCCGCGCAGCCAAUCGCCGUCGUGCAGCGUGCCAUGAACAUGUUCAAACCAGAAGUUCAGGCUAAGAGCAUCAAUUUUACUUUCCACCCCGAUCCCUCUUUGACGGACUUGAACAUUGACUGGGUCUUGUUGGAUCCUAGUAGAUUGCUCCAGAUUACGGUCAAUCUUAUCACCAACGCAAUCAAAUUUACGCAAGCAGAGCCUCAGCGUGCGAUAUCCGUACACGUCAGUGCCUAUUCGGAAGAGCCCGAUACAUACACCAAGGAUUUCCAGUUCGUACCGACAAGAGGAGUACCUCUCCUCAAUAUUACAACGGGCGAAGACUGGGGUACUGGCGAGCUGUUGUACCUACGGGUAGAGGUACGAGAUACGGGAUGUGGACUCACACCAGAAGAGAAGGAUCUGCUGUUUGAGCGCUUUGCACAAGCCUCUCCGCGCACACAUGCACACUAUGGCGGCAGUGGUCUCGGUCUCUUCAUUUCCCGCCAACUCGCCGAACUGCACGGUGGCCAAAUUGGCGUUUCUUCAGAAACAGGCGUAGGAAGCACGUUUGGCUUUUUUAUCCAGUGCAAGCGCACCAUCGAGUCGAGUCGACCCGUUAUGCAUCGCACAAUGACAAGCCAGAGCAUGGAUCACGCCGAGAAGAACCGCGAUCUUGCCGCCUCAGUAGCAGGCAUGGAGAUUGAACAACCUACACCCAAGCAAAUCGUGGCCGAGCUACCUGGUACUAUCACACCACGAGCCCCAGCUGCAUCAUCAGCCCCCGCACCGGCCGAAUCGGGCCCGCUCCACAUCCUUGUCGUGGAAGACAACAUUGUCAAUCAGAGGGUCCUUGCCAAACAGCUGCGCAAAGCCGGUUGUAUCGUUACGACUGCUGAUAACGGUCUGUUCGCACUUGCUGAGCUCAAGAAGACCGCUUACUACACGCCUGAUGGAGUUCCCCUUUCCAUUAUCCUCAUGGACUGGGAGAUGCCAGAAAUGAAUGGUCUAGAGUGCGCACGCGAGAUCCGGCGCAUGCAGCUCGACGGCGAAAUCCAGGAACACGUACCAAUCAUCGCAGUCACAGCGAACGUGCGGGGCGAGCAGAUCGCUACAGCGCGAGAGAGCGGCAUGGAUGAUGUCGUGAGCAAGCCGUUCAGGGUUCCGGAGUUGUUGGUCAAGGUUAAGGAUUUGUUGGAGACUUUAGCGUUGGAGAAGCUGGAUUAAGAAGCGUAAAUGCGCACGUGUACCGCACGACACAGACGGCGUUUUGGCGAAGUGCUUGCAUCGUGGCAUACCCAUUUAAUCUGUUGCAUUUGUAGAUUGAGCGUUAGAUUCGUGCAGGGGGAUUUAGAGAUAGAUCGCAGUGUUGACUAGCAUUAGAGCUCAAGUAUCAUAGAUCGCUGAGCCCGUAU